AUGACCACAACCACAACCACAACCACAACCACACCCUCCACAUUCCCCCUCUUCCCCAACCUCAUCCUUGAACUCCGCCGCCAAAUAUGGCGCGAAGCCCUCCCCACCACCCUCCCCCCAUCCCUCUACUUCUACAAAAAAGGGUGCUGGCAACCACGAAUCUUCAACUCCACCGACCCCGGCUACUGCAACGAAGCAAGCGAAACCCACAGCUCCGAAGACCUAAACCGGAACUUCGAAUUUCGCUUCCAAGAUCUCGAUGAGAUUAACUUUCAAACACCUCUCAUGUAUGUGAAUCACGAGGCUCGGGAGAUGGUGUUCUCAUGGGCUCGUACUGCUGGGUUUGAAUUCGAAAUAUUAAGUCGGGGGUCUUCUGCUCCUCCACUUCUGGCUUUACCGUUUAAUCCCGCUCGUGAUGUACUUUUUGUGUCGGUUGAGCAGUGGGAUGAGUUUUAUUCGGAGCCAUAUGAUCGCUCUUUUGAAGAGGAUAUGAUUGAUCGUACUCAUGGUACAUAUAAUGAGAUUACGCGACUGGCUGUUCCGGAAGCUUUGUUUGAGAAAGAUAUUGAUGCUUUGGAGGAAUUGUCGAGGUAUUAUUGUAGUAUUGAGGUAUUAUAUAUUAUUAUUGAUAUGCCGUCGGACUUGCGCUCGGUGGAUAAUGGAAUCCAUGUACAACCACGAUGGGAGUGUAGGAAAUUUCCAAAUUGGGCGUAUAUCUGGAAUAAGGAGGAACAGGUCUUUAAAGCUAGUGGUGAGAGGAUUCCUGGGUGUGAGUUUCCUGAAGCGAUGGUUUUGAAGGUUUGUGAGAGGUUGGGUGAGGAGAUUAUUUUGGGGUCGGGUUCGAUUCGUGAGGUUCAACCUGUGUUUGCUGUUAGGGGGUAA